UCUAUCCUACCGGCCACUAUAGAUAAAUCUUUAGCGAAACUAUUUGAGUAUUCUCCACUUUUACAGUAUCAUAAAUGUGAUAGGCUCGACACAAUAAACUGAAUCAAUUUCGUUUCGUACGUUGUUUUAGUUCAAAAAAACUUAAUUCAAAAAGAUAUGGAAUCUCAAGACUAUAAUCCAUCAGCGGAAAAUGCACAAACAAUGGAUCAUCCUGGAUUGGUAAAUGGUUCAUCAUUGGCGGCUUCAAAUUAUCAACAAAAUAAGUCAGCACAAAUGGAACAACCAACAUUUGAGUCGUCCAAUUGUCAAUCAUCGUUGUCUCCAACGAAUCAAAAUGCACAAAAUUCACAAGUCGAUCCAGAAGGUGUGAAAGGUUUCGAUUUCAACGAUGAUACAAUUCGACGGAAAUUCGUGCGAAAAGUGUUCACUCUAUUAUCGAUACAAUUGGUGUUCACGUUUAGUUUGGUAUUACUUCCGUGUCUUAGCGAUGGAGUGAAAAGUUUUAUGAAAUCAAAUGGAUGGAUUUGCUGGGUUUCGCUUAUUGUACUGUUCGGCACAUUGAUAGCUAUUGCUUACAAUGAGCGGUUUCGACGCACUCAUCCCACUAAUUUGAUUUGCUUGGUCAUAAUUACAGUAGCUCUAGCAACUUUCCUCAGUUAUUUAACUGCAGCCAGCGAGUCAGACAUACUAUUGACUGCGAUUGGUUUGACGGCAAUUACAGUCUUGGGAUUGUAUAUCUUUGCCAAACAGACCAAAUGGGAUUUCACACAAUACAAUUUGUAUGGUGCAUUAUUGGUGUUCAUCAUUGGUUUGUUCUUAGGGAUUAUAAUCCGUAAGGAUAUUUUCCAUAUAUUUCUGUGCUGUGUAGGGGCCACACUCUUUUCUGUUUAUUUGAUUCGUGACAUACAAUUGAUUACGAGCGGAGAACACAAAUAUAAAUUGAGUCCAGAUGAGCAUAUUCUAGCAACUCUAAUCUUAUAUAUUGAUAUAGUUCACGUAUUUCAUAAUAUACUACGCCUUCUCAAGAUACUUAAGAAGUUUAAAUCUUAAAAAUG